AUGCCUGAGCAAGAACCGUUGAAUCUCAAUGACCGUAAGCGCUCCGAAGUACACUAUAUAUCGAUUCCAUUGAAUAGAGGUUCUGCAUUCUCACCAGAUGAUACAGCAUCACAGUUUCAAUCUGACGGGUUCAUGACUCGUAGACAAUCCAUCUUAGACCAGCCAGUCGGCUCUUUCAAGGGCGUUAAUUCUUUAAGUCGAUUUGCAACUUCAUUGAGAAGAGCUAAUUCGUUUCGUAACAUCGAACUAAAUGCAGACAACGAAAGGUCGUUUUUUAAAGACGCCAGUGAUGAAACCUACGACCCAUAUACUUUGGCACCAGCUUUAGACGGUAGGAGAUUAUCGGUGACUUUAAAUAAUGCUGGUCGUCCACGCAUCAGCAACUCCGCCAACAACGACAGAAUUAGUACAGCUAGCAUGGCCAUCCACGAUGACGACUAUGGGUCUAUUCAAAAUUCGACAAUUGGAGAUUCUGGGUCAAUACUACGCCCGACAGCUUCCUUGACUGAAAUGAUGAGCGGGGGCGCAGGGCGCAGUUAUACAAAUAAUGACAUGGAAUCAAUUGUGGUGAAAAGAGUAGAAGGUGCAGAUGGUAAGGUAGUAACUCUUCUUGCUGGUCAAUCAACCGCUCCGCAAACUAUAUUCAACUCAAUCAAUGUCCUCAUUGGCAUUGGGCUUCUGGCUCUGCCUCUUGGGCUAAAAUAUGCUGGCUGGAUUUUCGGACUUACUAUGCUUACCAUUUUUGCUUUAGGAACAUUCUGUACAGCUGAGCUUUUGUCCAGAUGCUUAGAUACAGAUCCAACUUUGAUAUCAUAUGCGGAUUUGGGCUAUGCAGCAUUUGGUUCAAAGGGUCGUGCCUUGAUCUCAGCUCUCUUUACUCUUGAUCUACUAGGAAGCGGUGUGUCUUUGGUGAUUUUGUUCGGGGAUUCCUUGAACGCUCUAUUUCCUCAGUACUCGACUACUUUUUUCAAGAUCGUUUCAUUUUUUGUCAUUACACCCCCAGUUUUCAUACCAUUGAGCGUUCUUUCCAACAUCUCUCUUUUCGGCAUCCUUUCGACAACUGGAACUGUGCUGGUCAUCUGCUGUUGCGGACUAUACAAGGCAUCUUCUCCAGGUUCAUUGGUUAAUCCAAUGGAAACGAACAUGUGGCCAUUAGACCUAAGGCACCUUUGCUUAUCUAUAGGUUUGCUGAGUGCCUGUUGGGGAGGACAUGCAGUUUUCCCUAACCUUAAGACGGACAUGAGGCAUCCAGAUAAAUUUAAGGACUGUUUGAAAACAACCUAUAAGAUAACAUCAGUCACUGACAUAGGUACUGCUGUUAUAGGCUUUCUAAUGUUCGGGAAUAUGGUGAGAGAUGAAAUUACCAAGAAUGUCUUGUUAACAGAGGGAUAUCCGAAAUUUAUAUAUGGAUUGAUAUCAGCACUUAUGACUAUCAUCCCUAUUGCAAAAACUCCUUUAAAUGCAAGGCCAAUUGUUUCUGUACUGGACGUUCUCAUGAAUGUGCAACACAUCGAUGAAACAGCUAGUGCCAUUAAAAGAAGAAUGGCGAAAGGCCUCCAGUUAUUUAAUAGAAUUUUUAUCAAUGUUGUUUUCGUUUUAAUAGCCAUCAAUUUCCCUGAGUUUGACAAGAUCAUUGCAUUUUUGGGCGCAGGGUUGUGUUUCACAAUUUGUCUUAUUUUACCGUGUUGGUUUUAUUUGAGACUAUGCAAAUCGACCAUUAAACCAUGGGAAAGAGUGGCCUGUCAUGUAACCAUAUGUAUAAGUGUCGUGUUGUCUACAUUAGGAGUGGGUGCUGCAAUCAUAUCUUAG